AUGGAGAGUUCGGAAUCUCCCUCCGAAGCAGCGCAUUCGCCUCCUAUAGUGUAUUGCGAUGAGAAUAUCAGCGAAGAAGUACAGCUACCUGCCAGUUUAUUUUCUGCAUCUGCCAUGGAGAUUUCAUUCGGGUCUACCAGCGCCGUCUCCGGACUACCUUUGAGUGCGGACUGUGUAGAGGAAUUUGUUUAUGAUCUGCCUUUGCCACACGCUUACAGUGAUCGUAUGGCGUUGGCACUGAAAGCCUACAAAUCAGGAAACCUCUCGCAAUAUGCAGCUGCGAAAAAGUUCAAGGUUCCUUAUACUUCGUUGUGGAAGAAACUUAGAGGAGUGCGUACGGGAAAGAAGGGAGCUCACCUAAGAAAAUUCUCCGAAGCUGAAGAGGAUUACAUCGAACACUUAUUGCUGAAAUGUGCAGAGAACGGCAUACCAUUGGACAAGCGAUUUUUAAAGCGAAUUGUCCCGUUGUUGGCCAAAUCUAAAGAUAUGCCAGAGAAGCGGAAAACGUUUACCAAGUUUUGGCACCGUGAAUUCCUUAAGAGGCACCCAAAGAUUUCGCAACGAAUCUCACACGGCGUCUCCAGAAAAAAGGCUAAAGAAUGGACGGUGGAAAAUAGGGAAGGCUGGAUACAACGGCUGAGUGAACUCAACACCGACGGACUGCUGUACGAUCCCGCUGGAAUUUGGAAUUUCGACGAGUCGGCGUUCCAAGUAUCUGAGAAAGUAACCACCGUUUAUGCCAAGCGGGGUGUCAAGGAAGUACUUUCAUACUACGACGGGAACGACCGGGAAUUAAUUACUGUACUUGCGGGUGGCAAUGCGGCCGGAGAAAUUUUGCGUCCACUGAUUUUGUUUGAUGGAAAAGUUGUUCUUGCAUCUCGUUUUGAGGGCACGGACGACAAGUGCUACAUUGGUUUCAAUUCAUCGGGCGUGAUGGAUAACUCGACUUUUACUUCUUACAUCAGAGAGGAAGUUAUCCCCAAAAUGACGGCAGCGAAGAAUGUGAUUUUUCUCGACGGGCAUAGCUCUCAUAUGUUCAAUCUGGAAUUUUUGUCGGAAUGUAUGAAAUCCGAUAAGGACAUCACCGUUGUCAUACUGCCGUCCGGCCAGACUGGGAAACUCCAGCCCAUGGAUAUUAAAGUGUACGGCCCUGUUAAGAAAUACUGGCGGGAUUACCUACGACAGAUGACGCUGAUUCCCACGGAAGAGGUUACCAAACAGAAUUUUGCCCGGCACAUUGUGGAAAAGUGGAAUGAUUUUAACAUGGCUGCCAAUAUUGUCUCUGGGUUUGUUUCUUCCGGAAUUUAUCCGUUUAACCCGGAUGCGGUGUGCCGGGCUUAUGUAGAGCCAGUUCCAAGUCAGCUGGUUUCUGACUUGCCUAUUUCUAUUGCCAAUGUUUACGUGAGCGAACUGCAAGUUGUGCGCCGAAGUCUUCAAAAAUUCCUCUUUUGA